AUGCGUACCGUCUUCCCAUCUGUACUGUACUCUACGGUAGAUGCAGGUUACAGAGACAUCAGCAUGAGUCGAAGCGAUGGUGACGCUGUGGGCAGAUUUCCUCUUCUGCUUCGAAUUCCGCUUCUUCUUCUCCGGGAAAUUCUUGCAGAGUCCUCGUUCGUGUCCAGAGCGUCUGCAGUCGUGGCAUCUCUUCUUCACGAAUGUGCAGUUUCUAGAGCAGUGAUUGGCUCCGCACCGAAAACAGGGCGACGGCGGUUUACGAUUUCGUCUCUUUUGCGAAUCUACGACGUUGACGUCGAGGAAUGCGGCAUCCUGACGAAUGUCGAGAAAGUGCUGAACUUUGGCGCGAAGCUCCUUUAG